AUGCGCAAAUUCUUACGCUGGUCAUACUACGGUUGGGCCUUCACUCACGCACCGGCCCACAGGUUACUGAUGAGUAGGAAAAUGACAGUCUACCAAAUUUCUGGCGCAGUCGUUACGCUACCGCUCACGGCGAAUGACCGACCGACCACUGACCUCGAAGGUCUGGGCCUACGCUCACGCCGCGGCCCAAAGGGUGCUGGUGAGUGGGAAAAUUGCAAUCGGUCAGUUUUCCAGAGCAGUCGACAACCAUAA